AUGGCCCCUGACAAGAAGGGAAAUAAGCGCAAGGCCCCGGCCGUCAGCGACCCGCCCGCCAAAAAGACUAAAAAGGUCGAAGUCAAGGCUGCUCCUGCUCCUAAGGAAGCUGCUCCCAAGUCAAUUCUGAAGAAGAAGGAUAAUGCUGCUGCGAAGACUAAGGAGACCAAGGCUGAGCCUGUGAAGGCCAAUGGCAAGCCUACUCGCCAGGUUAAGCCUCGCAAGCGUGCCGCCGACUUCAUCGAUAAUGAGGAGACCGAGGAGCCUGUUCCUACCAGCAUCUCCAAGGCUGGUAGCAAGAAGACAAAGAAGGACGAUAGCGCACCUGCUGAGAAGAAGGUCAAGGCUUCACCCAAGGCUAAGAAGGUUGAGGUUGCUGUUGAGUCUGAGGAUGAGGAGUCUGCAGAGUCUGAGGAGAAGGUCGAGGGUGAAGAAUCUGAAUCCGAAGAGGAGAUUGAUAUCCUGGAUGACCACACUGCCGCUCUCAUUAAGGGCUUCGAAAGCAGUGGUGAUGAGGACGACUCCGAAGACGAGGGUUUCGACGCCGACAAGCCCGUUCCCAAGAUCCCAGACACCAAGAAGGCCCAGAAGAAGAUUGCCAAGAACCAAAAACAAGGUGCUUCAGAAGAGCCUGGCACUGUCUAUAUUGGACGUAUUCCCCACGGUUUCUACGAGCACCAGAUGCGCGCCUAUUUCUCCCAAUUCGGUGAAAUUACUAAACUGCGUCUCUCCCGUAACCGUAUCACCGGUAGCUCAAAGCACUACGCCUUUGUGGAAUUCAUCUCAACUACCGUUGCCAAGAUUGUCGCUGAGACUAUGGAUAACUAUCUGAUGUACGGCCAUAUCCUCAAGUGCAAGUUUGUUCCUAAGGAGCAGCUCCACCCCGAGGUCUGGAAGGGUGCCAACCGUCGCUUCAAGCGCACCCCCUGGAACCGCAUUGAGAAGAAGCGUCUGGAGAAGGGCAAGACCCGUGACCAGUGGUCUAAACGUAUUGAGCAGGAGCAGAAGAGGAGACAGGCUAAGAUCGAUCAGCUUAAGGAGCUCGGCUACUCCAUUGACCUGCCCCAGCUCAAGGCUGUUGCAGACGUGCCUAUCCAGGAGGCCCCUAAGGCUGUUGAAGAUGCCGAGACUACCGAGGCAGUUGAGGCCCCAGUUGAAGAGCCUGUGAAGGCCGUUGAGGCUCCUGCUGCCAAAGAAGAUACCCCCAAGAAGGCUAAGAAGGGAAAGAAGACUGAGCAAGAUACUCCCAAGGAAAAGGUGACAACAGAGUCACCUGCGGCCAAGAAGAAGGGCAAGAAGACCAAGAGCAAGGCGUAA